AUGCCUAGCAUGUGGCUAUCAGAGAAUCAGAAGAUCGGUGUCGUCUUCUGCUCAGCCGGUGGCUUGUUCCUAUUCGGAGGAGUCCUCAUGUUCUUCGACCGAUCAUUACUUGCUAUGGGCAACAUCCUCUUCCUAAUCGGCCUGACCCUAAUCAUCGGCGUCCAAAAGACAAUAGUCUUCUUCACCCGGCCGCAAAAACUCAAAGGCACCGCCGCUUUCUCCGCCGGUAUCAUCCUGAUCCUCCUCCGCUGGCCAUUGACAGGCUUCCUGAUCGAGUUAUACGGACUGUUCAUUUUGUUCGGCGACUUCCUCGUGACGAUUGGCCAGUUUGCGGGUAAUAUCCCCGUGAUUGGGCCGUAUAUCAAGCGUGGGUUGGAGGUUUUGGCGGGUGGGCGGAGUAAUGCGGAGUUGCCUGUAUGA